AGCCGAGUCCUAAAAAUACAGGAGAUGCAGUAACUGCUUCUGCUUUUCACCUUACUUGGAUUUUUCUGGAAAGACAAAUGGGAAAAGAGGCAGAACUAGUCGACGGACACUAUUUAGUGGACAGACGGGUGUUCUCUGAAGAUUCUUUUUCACAAGAACAUGUAAAGGUCACCAGGAGACACAAAGGUCUACUAGAUCAUGUUAUAGAAUACUUCAAGUGGGAUUCAGAACGUUUAAAGAAUGCAGCAUUGUCUUUGCUUCCCAUCAUUGGGUGGAUGAAAGUAUACAGAUUUAAACAAUGGCUGCCAAGUGACAUAAUAUCUGGAGUCAGCACAGGACUUGUGGCUGUAUUGCAAGGACUUGCAUUUUCCUUGCUGGCUGCUUUACCACCAGGGUAUGGACUAUACUCUGCAUUUUUUCCUGUAUUGAUAUACUUCUUCUUGGGCACAUCCAGACACCUGUCCGUAGGUCCUUUUCCCGUUUUGAGUCUGAUGGUUGGCAGUGUUGUACAGACUUUGGUACCUGAGGAUAGUGACCCAGCGAACAUUACUGGAUUUGAGGGACUGACCAUGGAGCAACAAAGAGUUAUAGUUGCCUCUUCUCUCACAUUUCUUAUGGGCAUUUUCCAGCUUGCCAUGGGGAUACUGCAGAUUGGCUUCAUAGUCAUUUACCUGUCUGAUACGCUGGUAUCUGGGUUCACUACUGCUGCUGCAGUACACAUCCUGGUGUCACAGCUUAAGUUUGUGCUCGGGUUAAAUGUACCUGGCAAAAGUGGAGCAUUCAACAUUUUCUUUACUUUGGAGAAAGUUUUUACACAGCUCUAUUUGACAAAUGUGGCUGAUUUGUUGACCUCCAUUAUAAUCAUGGUAGUGGUGUAUAUAGUAAAGGAGCUAAACGACAAAUUUAAACUACCUGUGCCAAUUCCAAUUGAAAUCAUUAUGACCAUCAUUGCUUGCGGAUGCUCUUAUGGGUUUAAUUUUGAAGCAAGGUUUAACGUGACUGUGAUCGGAGAGAUGGUGGAUGGAUUUGAAGCUCCAUUUGCUCCAAAUGUGGAAGUGAUGGAAUAUAGUGCAUUAGAUGCUUUCCCUAUAGCUAUAGUGGGCUUUGCUGUGGCCUUCUCUGUGGCUAAAGUCUAUUCUGUCAAGCAUGACUAUGUUAUUGAUGGAAAUCAGGAGCUCAUUGCUUUUGGAGCAAGUAAUAUAUUCGGGGCAGCUUUUCGAUCCUUUGCAGCCAGCACUGCACUUUCCAGGACAGCAGUACAAGAAAGCACAGGGGGAAAAACACAGAUAGCAAGUCUAAUCUCUGCAAUUAUAGUACUGAUCGUCACAGUUGGAAUAGGAUUCCUUCUCGAGCCAUUGCCCAGGUCUGUAUUGGGAGCUCUUGUGAUUGUGAACCUGAAAGGCAUGUUGAUGCAGUUCAGAGAGCUUCCAUCUAUUUGGAAGACGGACAAAGCCGAUUUUAUUAUCUGGGUUGUAACAUGUGCAGCCUCCAUCAUUCUGAGCCUGGACCUCGGGCUAGCUGUGGGUCUCGGUGUGGAGCUGCUUACAGUCGUUUUCCGGGCUCAGUUUCCACGUUGUUCUGUACUUGCCAACAUCAUAGGCACAGAUCUCUACAGAGACCGCAAAGACUACACCUCUAUUCAUGAACCUCCUGGAGUUAAAAUAUUCAGAAUCCCCUCACCAAUAUUUUUUGCAAACAUUGAGUUCUUCAGAAACAAAGCAAUGCAAGCCGUGGGAUUCAGUCCACUCAGAGUUUUGAGAAAGAGGAAUAAAGCACUGCGAAUGAUAAGAAAAAUGCUAAGAAAUGGAGAGUUACAGAUAUCACCUAGAGGCUUUGAGCCCAUUGGGUGCUCAAAUAAUGAGAUGUCAGAGGAUGAGAGCAACUUGGAGGGUUUAGAUCAGCCAGUGGACUUCUCAGACCUUCCUAUUCAAGUGAACUGGAGAGCACAGCUUCCUGCCAACAUCUCUGUUCCUCAAGUUGACAUCCACAGUCUCAUCUUGGACUUCUCUGCUGUCUCCUUCCUUGACCUCUCAGCACUCAAAGGCUUUAAAAUGUUAUUAAAGGAAUUCAUUCGAGUAGAUGUGGAAGUCUACAUUGUUUCAUGUGAUGUGUACAUCUUGGAGAAACUGCACAACUGCAUGUUUUUUGAUGAUGAAAUCAAGACCUCCAUGUUCUUUCCCACUCUUCAUGAUGCCAUGUUGCACAUUCUGAAGAAGCAUCCAGAUAAUUCAGAGGAAAAGGAGACAUACUUCAAAGUGUCAAAUGACCAGGCUAAUGGAUUAUAUCAGCGGAGAAUUGAAAAUACAAGAAUUACAAAUCUGUAAAUAUUUUAUAUCACUAUUUAAAAUACAGAGAACACACAAUUAUACAGUUAUAGCAGACACUCAACUUUAACAUUUCAAACAAUACAAGUUUGUAUUGUUUGAAAUGUUAAAGUUGAGUGUCUGGUGUUUGUGACCAUCAAAGCCCCACAUCUAUAACACAAAAGCAGGAAUGUGUUAAUAGAGUGUUGUAGUGAUGGGAAUUCCAGCACUUCUUUUUGAGUCACUUGUCUCAGCUCACCAAUAAGAGCCAACGCUUUCAGCACCAUAAUGGCAUCUUGCUUGAAUUAUUUUAGAAUUUAUAGUUUAUCAGUUUAAGCUCUAUAAAACCUAAUGUAAAAGCUGCAAGUUACUACAUUAUUGCCUUCUAAAAAACAUUAACAGUAGUGAGCUCCAGUAAAUGCAUGAUAUAAUAAAGACUCAUGGCACAUCACUAGUACACAUUGUUCAUGAACACAAUUUAACAAUCAAAACAGCCAAUUCAACCAUGAUUAGAUGAGGAAAGUUUAACCCAAUCAAACAUUUUUCUUUUCUUGCUUUUUUAAAUAAAGUUUAUUCCAAAGGUC